CGCGCAAGCGCGGUGCUGCGUCCGCUAGCGUUUUCUCACGCGCAGUCAAUGGAGUCGCUGCGCGUUUCUGGAAUUACUUACAUUUAUAAAUAUUCAUUCAUGGAUCGGUUUUUAAUAACCAAUCUCAGUGGUUUAUAAUCAGGUUUCGGCUGUGGUUUGAUGACAGUAAGACCCUCGCAUGCGUGUUUAGCACGGUGUUAGGGUUCCCCGCGGCCUGACCGAUUAAAUCUCUAUUAUUAAAAUAUUUUUAAUAUUGUCCUAAUUUAGUUUUCAGUCAUUACUUAAGUGCGCGGACUCAUGUAAAUAUGGCAGAAGAGGGAGCGGUUGUGAUGCAGCAGAUUGUGGACAGGAGUUGUUGGGUGUGUUUUGCCACAGACGAGGACGACCGCACGGCGGAGUGGGUGCGUCCGUGCCGCUGCCGCGGUUCGACUAAAUGGGUUCAUCAGUCGUGUCUUCAGCGCUGGGUGGAUGAGAAACAGAGAGGCAACAGCACCGCGCGCGUCGCCUGCCCACAAUGCAAUGCAGAAUACCUUAUCGUGUUCCCAAAGCUUGGGCCGGUGGUGUAUGUGCUGGAUCUGGCGGACCGGUUGAUCUCGAAGGCCUGUCCGUUUGCUGCCGCUGGUAUCAUGGUGGGAUCUAUUUACUGGACGGCCGUCACAUACGGGGCCGUGACAGUCAUGCAGGUUGUGGGUCAUAAGGAAGGUCUGGAUGUGAUGGAACGAGCCGAUCCUCUCUUCUUGCUGAUCGGUCUGCCAACCAUCCCAGUUAUGCUAAUUCUAGGGAAGAUGAUUCGCUGGGAGGAUUAUGUGCUCCGCCUCUGGAGGAAAUACUCCAAUAAGCUUCAGAUCCUCAACAGUAUCUUCCCAGGUAUCGGCUGCCCAGUGCCCAGGAUCCCGGCGGAGGCCAGUCCUCUGGCCGAUCACGUGUCUGCUACACGCAUUCUGUGCGGCGCCCUCGUCUUCCCCACCAUCGCCACCAUCGUGGGCAAACUGAUGUUCAGCAGCGUCAACUCAAACCUACAGAGGACCAUUCUGGGUGGCAUUGCGUUUGUGGCUAUUAAAGGGGCGUUUAAGGUUUAUUUCAAGCAGCAGCAGUAUCUCCGGCAAGCUCAUCGCAAGAUCCUCAAUUUCCCCGAGGCGGACGAGGCCUGAGCUCGCCGUCGACUCCCGUCCACGUCAUUCUGAUUUCACGCAGCUUUGAAAGACACUACCGCGACACACUACCGGACUUUUCACAGACGCUGGAUUUGGUUUUCUCCUCCUCCUUGUGAACGCGACCGUUGCGUUCGGAGCUCGAGCUUCGUUUCAGUCGGUACAAUCGGAUCCGAGAGUUACUUGUUUUAUGGGCUUUGGCGUUUUAAGAGAGGGACAACCGAGGGGAAUGAAUGUCGAGAGGUUUUAUAUUGUAAGCGGUUGUUUUAUAUUGAAGUAGAAAUGUUUCAUGUUUAAAGCAUUGAGACGACGUGCCGUUUCACACGAAGCACUUCCUUCCCCUCGUUGAUAACUAGACCAGCGAAUGCAACGUUAAAUAUACUAAAGGCAAAUGUAAACAACUUUCGUCGUUUCCCCCAAACCUUUUAAAAUAUGAUUUUUUUUUGGUGGUUGUUCUCCGAUGAAUUUCACAAAGAUAUUUACCCAUUUCCACCAAAAUCAAAAGAAAUGAAUUGUUUUGCAUAUAAAAAAAAAAAGAAGACUCUGGGGAGUUGUUUUUGUUUCAACUCGGAACAUAUCAUAUAUAGUAUUAAAAUUAUACUUUACAAAUAUCUCUAAUUGACAAUUUAGUUUUUGUAGUUUUUAGCGCGGAAAAAUCGCAAUCGCAUUUUUUUUUUUUGGUAUUACAUUCAGUUUUGGGAUGAAAUAUGACCGCUUCUGUGAAAUUCAUCUUUCCUGCCUUCACACGAUUUCUGUUGAAUUUCCAUCUUUGCGCUGUUGAUGUCUGAGUUUCAGGGAGUCUGUUUUUUAAGGCCCCCCCGGUACAAAGCGAGAAUCCAGUGUUUGGUCCUUAAUCGAUCACUUUAUUAAAACCUUGUGGUACCUAAUGCCUCAUAUCAGUUGUUAAUAAACCCGUCUCGUGUAGAACAGUGAACUUUAAGAGUAUUAGUGGCCUUUUUAUUACACCAGGACAGUGCGUGUCUUAAAGGUUACAUGGUUAACGGGUUUAUUUGCUGAAUAAGCCAAUUUCCUAUUUUUUUUUUUUUCCUGAAUCAUUGUGUUUGAUGAGUUUCUAAUUAAUGUAGUGCUUCUGUUGUAUCUCCAGCCAUCAGCAACUGUGAAGUUUCCAGGCCAAUGCAUACUAGUACCGUUUUGUAGUACACUGCAGCGGGCAGUGAUAGGCGGGUGUUUUAUAUUAAAGAGCGUGCGCAAUUAAUUAUAUUCACACCUAAUUAACUAUUGGAGUGCUUUUUGUCCAUACUAUAUCAUUACAGCUUCUUUAUGAUAGGAGUAAACCUGAAAGAACGCGCUUAGUGCUAACAGAGUCGCUAGGAAAUAGUGUUCAUUACGUACACCCAACCGCGAGAUUAGAAGUAGCAGAUGACUUUUUCUGUUGCCUAAAUAUGAAUUGAAGUUCUUUCUUCUCAGCAUCUGUUUGUGCUGUGUAAUAUCAGUGGGGUAAUAUAUGUCUCCCGUUGUACAGAUGAAGCAUAAUGCCAAAUACAGAACGUGUAUGUUGUAUAAAUGGAUGCUUUGUACAGAUACGGCUUCUGAAUUUAUAGUUUCCUGGUUGAUUUAUGUAAAUAAAUGUAUUUUUCCAAUGCCUGACUGUGUGUGUUGGGCAUUUUGAGUGUUUCAUUUGGACUAAAAUGUUUCUUAGCGUUGAGAUAAAUGAAGUGAUUGCUCCUAAAAUCUGGUAUCAUUUUUGUCACUAAUGAUACAACUGGGCUGCAAUUGUGUGUUGCUGUCUCCAGGCGUGAAAAAAAGGCUUUCCUUUCACGAAUUAAGCCUGUUUAUAAGACCAUCGAAAUACAUAUUUAAAAAAAGUCA